CUUUGCUGUAUCGCUGCACCAUCAAACUGCUCCAAUAUAUAAAUUAAAGACGACAAAGGUUUCAUGAAAGUACUGAAUUUUUCCAUAUUGAGUUUCUCAUAUGUCAAGUAGAACGUUUUCAUAUGUUCUAAUAAAAGACUGGUUCUGUCCUUAUGUAAAGUGAUAGACUUUCCGGAUAACAACGAAGAAAAGAAAAACGUCCAGCUUAUUAGGUGAAAAAUCUGGCGAUUCUUUUUUUUUGGGACAAAUCCUCUUACAAAUGAGUUAAGAUGCUGAACCGAACUAUCCAGCACAUGACGAAUAUUCAGAGAUAUACCUGCUCCUUUCAUUAUACAAUACUGACUCAAAGAAUAGCAGAGGGACGAAUUACCGAGUGAUUGAAAAACCCUUUGUUGUUUUUGCGGAGGAAAAGAUUCAAUAUAAGAAUCGACUAGGCUCAGAAAAUGAUGAGACUUUGUUAGUUGUACAACGACAGAGAGGCCUUUAGGAAGUGAAAGCCAGACCAAUUGAAGGAGACGAGCUGCGAAGGUCUCCAGUUUUUGAACAGUCUCAUUUGAUAAAUAUGCUUUACCAAAUGCCGUUCUUUGAACAUCCUCAUCAUCGCCUGAGAAUGGAGAUGCAUAUGGUCGCUGCUUCGGGAGGAAACCAGUCAAAAUAAUUUCUACCGCAUCACUCAAUUCGCAAUAGUCAUCGCCCAAGUAUUCUUUCAUCAAUAAGGAAUUAUUUGAUUUUGCAUCACAGUCUAAAGCAAAUAUCCAGAUAUCUAGCAGCAGAAGCCAACGAUUCACAUCAUCCGGUAUUGCAAAGGCAUAUGCUACCAGAUCCCAAAAGUCAAUGUCUUUCAGGAAAAUAUUGUGCUUUGAAAAAAGUGACAAGCUCUCAUCACGAGGAAUGUCAAAGUCAGACAAUUCGGUUUCAAAUGACCAAGCAAUUAAAUCCUCUUUACGUCCUUUUUUUAAAAUUUGUAAAAGCACAUGAUGACUAGUCUCUUGAAGAUUCACUUGUGGAUAUUCAGGAUUAACAAGAAGACUUAUGCAUAACUGUACAUAACAAGCUGGAACUCUUGUGGAAGAUACUUGAACUAAAUAUUGUAAGACUCCAAGAGCUUUCAUCAAAAGAUCUUCCUCUAUACAAAGCUCCAAUAUCGCUUUCAAAGCAUAAUUCAUUUCGUUAUGCUACUAUACACAGCACAGCACCGCUUUGAAUCAAUCGAACUGAUUAGGAGUCCUUUUUCAGAUUUAAGAACUAAUAUAGUUCUUACACGAGUAUUAAUACAAAAAUCAACGAAAUCUAAUGUUAAGGAACUGAAACUUUGAUAUAUUUACUUUCCUAGGCCACAGUCAAUUUUCUACUGAAACAUGCAAUAGUAAUUUAUAGGCAUAGCUCUAAACACAAACCAAAUUCCAAUCCUUUACUGUAACAUGCUCUAACAGGCGUAUGCAUGUGCACCUGAAUGGUAUUUGCUAUGUUGUAGUAGAUUGGUAUGGUAGGGUGACCUAUCCUUCACCAACAUGGCUGACUUUCAAGAUGAAUUGUUAGCAUUAGCCGGUGUAGAUGAUGCAGAAGUAGGAAAUGAUCGUAAAAGAUUGCACGAUGAGUUGGACGACGAUUCGGAUAGUAGCUCAGACGAAGAACAAGGAGAAGAAAAUGAAUUAAAUUAUGGAGAAAUUUCAGAAAAAGAUAAUGAAAAUCAUUCUGAAGAUGAUUUUGAGGAAAAAUAUCGAAAUCCGUAUAUGCUUGAGGGCAAAUUUAAAGACGAAGCAGAUAGAGCAAGAAUCAUGGCCAUGUCAGAAAUUGAAAGAGAAAGCAUACUCUUUGAACGCGAGGAAGAAAUAUCCAAAUUAAUGGAAAAACGUGAAUUGGCCAUUCGACUUCGUCAACAAAAUAAUCAAUAUGCUGCACAAACAACAAGAAGAUCUACUCGAGAUAGGCCUUUGACAUCGACAGCGGCUGGUAAAAGAGACAAGUUAACAGAACUAAAGAAGAGAAGGCAAGAACGAACUUACAAGCCUGACGAAACAACGGUUAAAUCAAAGAAAGAGAACUACAAUUCAGAUUAUGAAGAGGAAUCUGAAAAAAGCGAAGCAGAUGCUUCUCCCUAUUCCCCUACUUCAGACUUAGAAGAAAAAGAUGAAGCAAAAGUCGGUUUGCCAGAAUUAAAUAGUAUUCGCAUGGGUCGUAAACAUGUUGCUGAAUAUAUGUAUCACCCUACAUUUGAGAAUACAAUUACUGGCUGCUUCACAAGAGUUAAGAUUGGUGAAAGAGAUGGGCAAGGUGUAUACCGAUUAUGUCAGGUAAAGGGAAUUUCUGAAGGACGAAAACCAUACCGCGUUGAAGGCGUUCUCACGAAAACGUAUUUAGAAUGCUUUCAUGGAAGAUCAAAAAGAGUUUUUGAAGCUAGUGUUUUAUCAAACGAGCCUUUUACGGAGUCGGAUUUUCAGCGUUGGUUUCAUCAGAUGAACGAGGAUAAACUCAGUAUGCCAACGAAAUCCUUCGUUGAGAGAAAACUUGAUGAUCUUAAGCAAAUGACACAGUACUUAUUGAAUGAACGAGAGGUGUCUGAUAUAAUUCGUAGGAAGAAAGAAUUAUCAAGAGUUCCUUCCAACCUAGCUGCAGAAAAAACUCGUCUUCGUCAGCGACGUCAAGCUGCCAUAUCUGCUAAUAAUACAGAGCUUGCCAAAGAAUUAGAAGAGCGAUUAAAUACAUUACAAGAACUUUCUGUAGGAAGCACUUCUCAAACAAACUUUUCAGAAAUGGAUCAGCUCGCAAAGGUUAAUGAGCGUAAUCGCCGUCGUAACCAGGCUGAGGUUCGUUUAGCCGAAAAACGUAUGAAUGAAGAACGGAGAAGACUAGCAACUCCCGCUACAACUUUACCACCGCCAACUACCAAUGGAAAUUCGAAGAGCACGACUCCUUCCGUUUCUGCCUCUGGAAUUUCAACGCCCCAACCCGAUCAGGAUGGUUUAUCCGCUACUUCAGCUCCGUCCCAAAAUGCUGUGUCUUUGGACAAUACUCCUAAAUUGUCUCCUUCAGAUUCUCAUAUAUCUAUCAAUGAACCAGUUCCAGUACCAGUUGACCACGAGCCGACCACUAUAGCUGAAAAGGAAGCCCGACUUCGUGAGAAGACUGUUCAUGGUAUUGACGAUUUAAUCGCUACUGUUGAUUUUGGCAUUGAUAUUAAUAUUUGAUUUACUUCAGUUGAUGUUCUAUCCUUCCACUGAUUGUCAAACUUAUGAUGAACCUACUGUUUCUUGAUCUAUUCUCACGUUGAAAUUCAAGAACUACACAAUCUCAUUUCUUUAUAUCGUAAUGUAAUUAUUAUCAGAGUUUACAAUGCGUUUUUCUUACAAAGAGAGAAAAAAAAGAAUACCUAUUUGCCGUGUCAGAAGAUCCGUAUCUGAUGUAUACACGAAAGAAUUGGGUUGCUUUAGAUAGAACUUUUAACAGUAAUUUUUUUACGACUUAAAAUACAUUUUUGGAACACUAAUUUUCCUUCAUUUUA